CCUCCGCUUGGGAAAAAGGGGGCGGUGGCCCGGCUCUGAUGAUCGGCCCUCCCCCUGCAUAUAGCAAGCCUGGCUGGGGAGCGCCGGCGGCUGCAGGACUUUGUGGCAGAGAUCUGGCUUGUCUCUCCCCCUCCCUCCUUUACUCCAGGAUCGACUCCCCCGAGUCACAUUUGCAGCCCCUUGCAAAGAGCUGCGCUUUGCAAACUGCCUCCCCAACAGCCCCUUCCUCUCCGGGUCCCGUUUGUGUCUCGCUCUUGUGGCUCCACGAUUAUGUCUCCAUCCUCCUCCUCCUCGACGGCACCGUCUUUCGUUAACCCUUUCCCCAGACCGCGCUGCCUGGCUGCAGCAGCUCCGGCGGGCAAAGCGAAACUUACCCAUCCGGGCAAAGCUAUCUUGGCAGGUGGCAUUGCUGGCGGCAUUGAGAUUUGCAUUACAUUCCCCACAGAAUAUGUGAAAACUCAGCUCCAGCUGGAUGAGAAAGCGAACCCGCCACGCUACAAAGGCAUCGUGGACUGCGUGAAGGUGACGGUCCAAGGCCAUGGCAUCAAAGGGCUUUAUCGCGGUCUCAGCUCUUUGGUAUAUGGGUCCAUACCAAAGGCAGCCGUGAGGUUUGGCAUGUUUGAAUUCCUCAGCAAUCACAUGAGAGAUGCAGAAGGGAAGCUGGAUAGCAAACGUGGCCUCCUGGCCGGCUUGGGUGCUGGCGUGGCUGAAGCUGUGGUUGUGGUGUGCCCAAUGGAAACGAUCAAGGUGAAGUUUAUCCACGAUCAGUGCUCUCCACAGCCAAAGUAUCGUGGUUUCUUCCACGGAGUGCGGGAGAUCGUUCGGGAACAAGGCCUCAAGGGAACUUACCAAGGCUUAACAGCGACGGUCCUGAAGCAGGGAUCCAACCAGGCCAUUCGCUUUUUCGUCAUGACAGCUCUCAGGAAUUGGUAUAAAGGAGAUAAUCCAAACAAAGUCAUCAACCCCCUCGUUACUGGCGUCUUUGGAGCAAUUGCUGGAGCAGCCAGUGUCUUUGGCAACACACCACUAGAUGUCGUGAAGACAAGGAUGCAGGGUCUUGAGGCCCACAAGUACAAGAGCACCUGGGACUGUGCCUAUCAGAUCAUGAAAUACGAAGGACCUCAUGCAUUUUACAAGGGCACGAUCCCUCGUCUGGGUCGGGUCUGCUUAGACGUGGCUAUUGUGUUCAUCAUCUACGAUGAAGUGGUCAAGGUACUCAACAAGGUGUGGAAAACCGACUGAGCCGUCGCUGGCAACGGCACUGGCUGCACCCACAGCACCACCGCCACCUCACCUGCCAGGCAACAGCUGGGAAGGAGGGGGAAAGCCAAACACAUUAGCCAUUCUGGGGGGACGGGCUCCUCCUGUUCCACGUUAUGUGAACUAGACACUGAUCAAGUCCCUGAGCUGCUGUCUCCAUAUCAAGCUUGACGACACGUUUAUUUAUGUCAGAAUGAACUGUGGCAAUGUUGUUGUUUUUUAAAUUACUGAUUAUACAAUAAAGCGGAAAAUUGGGGAGGGAGGGACAUGGAAUGGCGGGGGGGGGGGAAUGGAUCCAUGUGCCAUUUUCAGCUAGGCUGUUUCCUGCCAAAGUUGGGAGAAUGUGGCGGCGGCAGGGGGGUUAUCUGGUGGCCAUCUGAGGGAGAAACACUCACUCCUAGCAUACACAUUCAAGCAGAUUCUUCCCUUGUGCAAAAAACACACCCAUGAAUUCGCCAGAGUUUGCCAGACUCCCACCUCCCAUCAUCCCUGCACAGUGGCCAUGCUGGCUGGGGCUCAUGGGAGUCGAGAGUCUAGCCACAUCUGGAGGGCCCCAGGUUUCUUGCAGAGCUUGGAAAAGUAACUUUUUUGAACUACAGCUCCCAUCAGCCUAAUCCAGUGGCCAUGUUGCCUAGGGCUGAUGGGAGUUGUAGUUCAAAAAAGUAACUUUUCCAAGCUCUGGUUUCUUGUCCCUGGUUUAGCGGAUGGGAUGGGUGGGAUUUGUGUUUUCUUUCUGCUGGUGUCUUUUCUUUUUUGCCUGAUGGCUCUCUUCCGUUGGUGAACACUGGGUAUGGAGAAGUCCUCUGUGAUUAGCAAAUGGGGGCUGCUAGCUCUUGUAGUCCGAUUUACCAGGUGAGAAAGGUUAGGAAUUGUUGACAAAUGGUGCCAACGCAGAAAGCUUUGUUGGGGGGGGGAUAGGGGGUCAGAACUUUGGAUGGUUUUUAGUCUCUCCUGCACCCAUCCCCCCAUUUAGAUGCUCAUAGUAUAUUUUAGGCCCAACUUCUCUAGGAAGAGGGAAAAUAGUUGGAGGGAAUGACCCCACCCCACCCCAAAAAAUCCACUACUUGAAUACAUUCCAUGUUUCGUUCUUCAACAGCGCAACUAUCUUUGCAAGGGUUCUAAGCCAAAAAAGCUGGAGUCCCUAGAGCAGACUUCUGCAACCUGGUGUCUUCCAGCUGUUUUGGACUACCGUCAUCCUUGACCAUUAGCCAUUGGGGCUGAUGGGAGAGUUAGAUAUCCAACAACAGCCGAAGGGCAGAAAGGUGAAGGCUGUCUUCACAAUCGAAGCAGGGCUGGGGAACCUCUGACCCUCCAGAUGUUGCUGGACGACAAGUUCUACCAUCCCUGCCUAUUGGGACUGGAUGGGAGCCGGAGUCUAACAGGAGACGGAGGGCCACAGGUUCCCCAGCUCUGCUCUGCUUGGAUGCUGGAGGAAGAGAAGGAAUUGCCACUUCUGCCACCAGCAGUACAGCCGAGCGUCAAAGACAGGGCAGACCCUGAAGCCCCCUUGCCCCAGCAGUGGAGGUUGGUCCAUUGGAGCGAAUGGGGCACUGCGCCAUCAACCUUCGUUGACCCUGACCCCGCCUGCCUUCUUACAACCAGUUUAGGUAGGAUGGGGAGGGGUGGCACUGCUUGCCAACUUCCUCCUCCUCAGUCUCAGCGUCGCCCCUUGGAAAACUCAGCAGGAAGAAUGAGUUGGCUCCAGCUGGUUGAGCUCCCUGCCUUCCACCCCGUCACUCCCAAUGCACAUCAGGUACCACUGGCCCAAGGAGAGCCUGAUUCUCCCAGCCCCCUGGAGAAGUGGGGCAGCGGUGGCCACUACAGUGGGUCAAGGGUUGGAGAGCAGUCCAUACUGGGGCUUGGGCUGUGGCCUGCCACAGCCAUCAUUCUCCCCCAACUCAUGCUUAUCUUCCACCUUUUUCUCUGUCCCCAUCCCACAGAUUUGUCAUUAUUACUAUUUUUCUGAUUUGUGUUAAUGAAAGCUUUAAAAAAUAAUAAGUGUGGGACCCUCUCCUCUGGCCUAUAUGAAGAAGUCCUUGUCUGCUGCUGUAAAUGUUUCUGCCGAGCUGGGAUAAGACUCCCGCCUGCACACCCUAUAAUAUUAACUCAUUCCAUACAAUUCACUUGUUUACUUUUUUUAUUAUUGGAGGGAAGGAAUUUAAAAACAGAGCAAAUGGCAAAGAGAUUUUCCCCCUGUGGACUGUUUCUUGGUGCACCAGGCAGAAAAGGACUCCCUAGUUAAACACAGGGAUGCUCGAUGGGGAGGGGGUGUUGGCAGCACUUACGUGACCUCCCAUCAUUGACGCCUCUGCCGCUUCCCGGGAGGGAGAGGAGGGCAAAGUGGCAUUGAGGUUGACCAAGUGCAACACAACAAUGGGAGCACCGGAUUGGCUUUGCCAGUGUGCUUGCACCGCUCCAACCUCACCCUGCCUCCUCCCUGUAAGCGGAGCGACGCUGCUGCUAGGAGGCCAGGUAAGUACCAGCGCCUUUCUCUUCCCUACCCAACGUCUGGUUGACUAGAUACACCUUUUCAAAUAGUCUUCCCCUCUUCGGACACUUCCCCUCCCCUUUUUUGUCUUUUGGUUUGAGGGCCAUGAUGAUUCCCUAGAGGAGACACAGAGACUUGGCGGACACAACACUGACAUAUUUCUGCUUGCAUUGGGAGGGGAUGGUGACCCUGUCUUUUGCCUAGGUGCCAAGGAAACUUGCCAAUAAUUCCAUUUCAGAUUUGUGCCAAAUUUUUUAUGUCUUUGUAUUGGGGUGUGUGUGUCUUUUUCCCUUUCCCCUUCUGUGCCAGAGUUGGUUAGCUAGCUGCAGCCAGCUCUUGAUGGAGGAAGUGGUUAGAGCAGGGAUAGCCAACAUGGACCGCAUUCACUCCAUACAUUCAUUACCCUUUCAACAGUCAUGGCUUCCCCCAAAGAAACCUGUGAAGGGUAGUUUGUAAAGGGUGCUGAGAGUAGUUGGGAGCAGUAGAGUAGUGGCAAAUUCAGACAUGCGGGGUCCCUCUAUGAUAGUCAUGCCAUGCCCCUUCACAGCCACAACCUCUUUUCCACUCUCCUUCGUCUCCCUUGCUCUCCCUGUAAUCUCGCAAGUCCACCCUCCACUACAACAGAUGCCCAUAGGAGCCAAUUGGCAUGAACGGGGAAGCUGUGUGUUAGCAACUGAGAAGAGUCUUCUCAGUGGCUGACUCACCUGUCACUUUGAUUGGCUCCAAUCAGCACAAAAGGACAAGGACUCUUUUCUAACAGGCUCCCUUUUCAUGCUGAUUGGCUCAUACAUAGGGAUCCGGCUGCGCCUCUGAUCCCAAAAAUGUAAUGGGUCUGUAACCCCCCCCCCCUGCAAAUCCAGACAACUAUACCCGUGGCUGGGAGAUCCCCAUUCCCCUGUUCACACAACUACAAUUCCCAGAGUGGUUUAACAGUCUGUUCCUCUUCCCAGAGAACUCUGGGGAUUGCAGCUCUGUGGAAGGGAACCGGCCUCCUAAGAACUCUCAGCAUCUGUCACAAGCUACACUUCCCAGGAUUGUUUGAGAGGGAAGCCAUUGGCUGUUCAAAGGGGGAAAAUCGUGGAAUAAAUGUAUAGUGCGGAUGUGGCCAUUGACCAUUGACCCUCUUGCCUAGGGCUGAUGGGAGUUGCAGUUCAAAACAUCUAGGGCUCCACGUUGGCUAUCCCCAGGCUAAAGGAACAAAGUGGAGGCAGAUCUUCUCUACCACCACAUUUUUUUUAAAAAAGAAGUAUGUCACAAUACCAUAAAAUUAUAUGUCUAGUCUGAGGAAGCUAUGGACUGGGUGGAAACCUUUGGAACAAAACUGUGUGUAGCCAUAUGACCCAGAGGCCACAAGUGGUAGAGCAGGGAUGCAGAACCCUUCAGAAGCUGCUGUGUGAGCUCUUCCCGUUGCUCACUAUUGGCUGUGCUGGCUGGGGCUGAUGGAGGCCUACACAUUCCCCCAUCCCCUGAAGCAGAUCUAAUUUACUGCAUCAUUUCACAGAAACUGGGUUCCCUGGCCGUGACCUUACAGUAUUUCACCCUUCCCCCCCCCCCAAACAAUGAAUGGAUUUGAACGUAGGUUUACAUUCAAAGGGAAUUCCACCUCCUAUGACGGCCAUGGGGGAGCAUUGUCCCUCCAGCGUUUUCAGGAUUUCAACUCCUAACAGCCCCAGCCACCUAUGGAUGAUGGGAGUGGCAGUUCAGCAACAUCUGGAGGGCCAAAGGUCCGUGGACUUUGAUAGCAGGUGACUGAGAUGCAUCCAGGCUACGUUCUUGCGCUGACCACAUGGCAAGCCAAGGCAAAUAAUGAUGGGGGUGGGGAUUUUUAUAGCUUGCGAUUAUUAUUUUUUUUGUAAACAGACCAAGGAUUUCUGAGUUGAAUUUAUUUUUUUUUCUAAUCACUCUCUGCACUAGCAGCCCGACACCAGAAUGAAUCUGGAAUGUCUGAGCCCUCCAGCAAGGGCGCCAACCAAUAAAACCAAAGUUGCCUGUUUUAA